GCCCUCAAGGGCUUCCGGUGCUCCCGGAAGGGUUCGGGGUGUGCGGCGGAGGGAGCGCAGCCGGUGGCGGAGGCUCGGGCCGGCCGGGGGCUAUGGGGAGCUGAUUGGUUUGCGUCCCCACCAUCCCAAGAAGAAGCAGGACCUAGAUAAACUUUAUGAUCUAAAAGCUAAAGCCCAACAGAUUAUGAACCAGUUUGGUCCUUCGACCUUGAUCAACCUCUCCAACUUCUCCUCGAUAAAGCCAGAACCAGCCAGCACCCCCCCUCAGAGCUCCAUGGCCAACAGCACCACCGUGGCGAAGAUGCCUGGAACACCCAGCGGAGGAGGACGCCUCAGCCCUGAAAGCAACCAGGUUUUAACCAAGAAGAAAUUGCAGGACCUGGUGCGUGAGGUGGAUCCCAACGAGCAGCUGGAUGAGGACGUGGAGGAAAUGCUGCUGCAAAUCGCUGAUGAUUUCAUCGAGAGCGUGGUGACAGCGGCCUGUCAGCUCGCACGGCACCGCAAGUCCAACACCCUGGAAGUGAAGGAUGUCCAGUUGCAUCUUGAGCGUCAGUGGAACAUGUGGAUCCCAGGCUUUGGUUCUGAAGAGAUCAGGCCCUACAAGAAAGCCUGCACUACAGAAGCUCACAAACAGAGAAUGGCGCUGAUCCGCAAAACUACCAAGAAAUAACCCUGGGCUGAGCCGGGAGGGAGAAGCCGUGUGUGUUUGGGAUCUGCCUCCGCUGGAGCCCCCCCAGCACCACCCCUGGGGUCGGGGGUUUAAUGCUCUACAGAGAAGCAUCGAGUUUUCCUUCAUGGUGCAGCAAUACCUUGACUUGCUGAGGAGAUUCUGCCAAACCCAUUCUCCAGCCCCUUCCUCCCGCGACGGGUCUCAAAAACAAAGACUCUUUGUGACUUGAAAGGGGGUUUAUCCUAUCAGUGAUUAUCCAGGGGACAGAGCGUUUGAUCUUGUGUGGGACAGUAUUAGAAGCAUCUGUAGAGGUUUUCGUUCCCUCCCUCCUGCCCCAGUACUUUGUAAUGUCAGUGUUUCUAUAAAGACUUGCCUUUGUUUUACAGGAAUAAAGAAGUUAUUAAUCUAAA